GUCCGGUGGAUGGCAGCGCACAUGGGUGUCGUCCGGCGCCCUCCUUCUCUCGAGGCGCAGGAACAUCUGGCGACAACGCGAUGGCAGUGUUACCCCCCCACUCGGCAACACCUUCACCCCCACCACGUUGGAAGGCGAGCGCACAGGCGGUGAACACGACCACUACCCCGCCGGAAGAAAUUGGCAGUGUGGGAGUCCUGUCGCCAACAGAUGAACAGACCGACCGCUGAGAACACAACGAACGGGGUGUUGAGGAUGCGUGUUGGAAGCGAUGCGGAUGCGGAUGACACCCGGAAGGCGACUGGUGACGAAUCUUCGGAUUUUCAUUGCGAGGACGAAGCGGACGAUGCGGAAGAGUUGGAGAUUCGACCCUUGGGUGUGCGUGGUAGAGGGAGGGGUGGAUGCGGGCGUCAAGAGAAUCGGGGAUCUCGUGGUGGUCGAAUAUCGAAGGCACCUGCAGGCAACAAGGGUGGCAAACAUCCGACUUGGAGUGCUCAUUUCGAUGGAAUGCCGCACAACUACGGCCGCAUGCACAACAGGGAAUGGAAGUUACCGGACCUGCAGAAGCGUUUGGUGGAGGUGGGCGUGAAGAGGACGACCGAUGACAUCGGGGAGAAGGGGGAUAACCUCUUCCAGCAGUAUAAGAAGGUGCAACAAUACGAGAAUGCCUCCAGGGGGAAGAACUUCUUCAACUUAACACCUGCGUUGAGAACGGAAGAGGGCUUCAACUUCCGAAUGGAUGAGCGAGUGUACCUUAAGAUCGACAACAUGUGUCGAGGCAAUAAAAACAUCUACCCAGACAACCUCGCUGACAUGAGCGCCCGUGGAGAAGUGCAAAUGCUGGGGGACACGCAACGUUCGCCAUCGAUUGCGGGAGAAUUCGUCGUCGGGGGAGACGCGGGUGAUGACAACGAUGAAGAUGGAGGGUCGACGCGGGAUUCCGGGUUCAGCGUAGGCAGCACGGGCGGCGCUGCCAAGAGGAAGAACAUGCGCCAGAAGACGUUCGACUCGGAUGCCAUUGCCGAAGUCAUGGAGAAGCACGGUGCAUUGAUGGUGGACACUGUGGAGGGGGCAAGCAAGCGACAGUGUUCCAUCCUGGAGCGGUAGUGCGACUUACUCGAGCACGAGGUUGACGCCCAAAAGCGGCACUACGAGGCAUCCGACAAGGCAAAUAGGAUGA